CAGAUUAAAUAAUCUUCUUCCAUUCAGCAACAAUGGCUCUGUGUAAAGGUCUCCAGAUGAACACAGUGAUGAGAAUUUGCAUCCGAAAUUACGGAUUUACUGCUAUUCAACGAGACUAUGGACCAGAAGCGGUGAAAAAUCUCCGCGGUUCUCUAAAGAUAGAGUACACCUUAGCCACACGAGGGGCACAGCGGCUUUGGGAACUGAUAAAUCGUGGAGAAAAGUCGUAUGUCAACGCUCUUGGCGCCAUGACAGGUGGCCAAGCUGUUCAGAUGGCUAAGGCCGGUUUACAAUCCAUUUAUCUGAGUGGCUGGCAAGUAGCGGCAGACAGUAACAUGGCGAGCCAAACCUACCCUGAUCAGAGUUUGUAUCCCGCAAACUCGGCAGCAAAGCUUGUUGAACGAAUCAACAAUGCCUUCAUCAGAGCAGAUCAGAUUGCACACAUGGAAGGAAAUGAUCAGCAUAUUGAUUUCUUUUUGCCAAUUGUGGCUGAUUGUGAGGCUGGGUUUGGUGGCCCGUUGAAUGCCUUCGAAAUCACGAAAUCCAUGAUUACAGCCGGUGCUGCUGGCGUCCAUUUUGAAGAUCAGUUGGCAUCAGAGAAGAAAUGCGGCCACAUGGGAGGAAAGGUUCUUCUACCGACACAACAGUUUAUCAAAGUCUUAAACGCUGCUCGCCUUGCUACUGACGUUAUGGGUGUUCCCACUGUUAUCAUUGGACGAACAGAUGCCGAGUCAGCAGCGCUUGUGACGUCAGAUAUCGACCCACGUGACCAGCCAUUCUUGACUAGCGAAAGAACAGCCGAGGGAUUCUAUCGAUCAACCGCUGGCUUACAGCAGGCCAUUGCUCGGGGACUGAGUUAUGCUCCAUAUUGUGAUGUGAUUUGGUGUGAGACAGGUAAACCUAACUUGGACGAGGCACACAUGUUCUCUGAUGCAAUCCAUUCCAUGUUUCCAGGAAAACCACUCGCAUACAACUGCUCGCCUUCCUUCAACUGGAAAGCCAACCUCAGCGAUAAAGAGAUAGCUGAGUUUCAGAAAGAACUCGGUAAAAUGGGCUACAGAUAUCAGUUUAUUACCUUAGCCGGUUUCCACUCGCUUAAUCACGCUAUGUUCAAGUUAGCACGUGACUACAGAGAUCACGGCAUGUCUGCCUACACCAAGAUUCAAGAAGACGAGUUUGCGCAAGCGCAAUUCGGCUUCACAGCACAUAAACAUCAAAGGGAGGUAGGGACGGGAUAUUUUGACCAAGUGAGUAUGGCGGUCAGCGGAGGAACGAGUUCAACGACAGCUUUAGAAGGAUCAACCGAAACAGAACAGUUUACUAACGACGACUUGGACUUAGGAAAGAUCAGUGCUAAUCAGUGAGAAACUGAGAUCGUUCCAAUAUGAUCUGAUAAAGUAACUAGAGAAAAUCUAACUAGUGUACAUAGGAACAAAAUGACGGAAAUUUUGAUUAAUAUUUGACUGCGUUCCUUGAUCACUGAUACGAAUAAUAUUAUUUAUAAUUUAUUGAGAGCAUAUAACAAAGUAUUCUUACACGUUAAUUUCUUAACUAGACGCCUAAAUUUUUCCAUCAACAAAAUGUGUAUACAUCACUGUACAUAUGGUGCGUAAAGAGAAUAAA